GGGUGGAGGCUAGUGACGUAGGCGCUUGGGUUCUCGGAGUAGCGAUUGCUGCUGAGGCGAGGAGAAAUAUGGCGAUGCAGAAAGCCGUUUGCGUCCUAGUUGGUGACUCCACUCAGAGCCCUGUCAAGGGCGUCAUUUUCUUCGAACAAAAGGGUAGCGGACCUGUAGCUGUUUCAGGAAAUAUUGAAGGGUUGACUCCAGGGGAACAUGGAUUCCAUGUCCAUGAAUUUGGAGACAACACAAAUGGAUGUACCAGUGCAGGCCCUCACUUCAAUCCUGAGGGGAAAACCCAUGGUGGACCAGAAGACACACAGAGGCAUGUUGGAGAUCUUGGCAAUGUGACUGCAGGUGCUUCAGGUGUGGCAAAGGUAUCGAUACAGGACCAAGUUAUUUCUCUCUCUGGGCCACAUUCAAUUAUUGGACGUACUAUGGUGGUUCAUGAAAAACCAGAUGAUCUGGGCAAAGGAGGAAACGAAGAGAGCUUGAAAACUGGAAAUGCUGGUGCUCGUCUAGCUUGUGGUGUGAUUGGACUGGCUAAAGCUUAAGGUGUUGGAGUGGCACCACGUACCAAAACCUACAUGCAGAAUGUAAAUGUACCUGUGGAAUUAUCAGUGAUCUGGCUUUGUUUAGGGUUAAAAACAAUCAUUUAAAUGCACUGUUAAAUGGAAUUUAAGCUGACAAGUCGUAUUUUGUAUAUCUUGUAAUUAAAGCAGCAACAGAACAUAA